AUGCCCCUUCGGCCUUCACUUUUCUCGCGCUGGCUCGUGCAGCCGGCAGAGCUCCUGCAACAAAGCACGCUCCGCCAGGCCCGAGCCUCGCUGACGCAGACACUCCGGCCCAGUGAACAAUUAGCAACAAGAACAAUCCGGCGCCCAUUCGCCUCUGCAGCAAGCCGCACCACCCGCACACGACCGGCUCUGCGCGCAGUGCAACUCCCCCGACGCACAGGACGCCGCUACAACUCCUCCACCUCCAACUCGACGCAGGCCCCGAAAGAAGGCAAUUCGCUCUCCCAGCGGCUGCGUACACUAUCCCGUGAAUACGGCUGGGCCGCCCUAGGUGUCUACCUGGGCCUCUCGGCGCUUGACUUCCCGUUCUGCUUUGUCGCGGUGCGGCUGCUUGGGGUGGAGCGGAUCGGGCACUGGGAGCAUGUGGUGGUGCAGUAUGUGAAGGACACGUUCCACACCAUAUGGCCGCAGAAGGAGGAUAGUCCGGGUGAGGGCGAUGAGGAGGAUGGCGCGCUUGUGCGGGCGGAGGAGGCGAACCAGGAGGAAGCUAGCUUAUGGACCCAGCUAGUGCUGGCGUAUGCGAUCCACAAGAGCUUCAUUUUCAUCCGAGUCCCGCUGACGGCGGCUGUGACCCCUAAGGUGGUGAAGAUGCUGCGGCGCUGGGGCUGGGACAUCGGCAAGCGGAAGCCGAAGAGCACCUGA